UCCAUGUUCAUGCACCACCGAGCGGUUGUUAUGUGGAACGAUCUAAAACUAUUGCGGUAUGUCUUGUUUGUGACCCUCUGCAUGUUUUCCUCUUAUUAAAAAUAGACUGGUGAUAGUCGUAGUGUUUGAACUAUGGUUUAACAAGAACAAAAACUGUCUGGCCUGUGCGGUACAGCCGAUGCAAAGCGAAGUUUACCCUGAACUUGAGAAAGAGAAUGAAGUUUUACUUUGAUGAGAUAUGACAACGCCAGCAGAAAUCUCACAAAAUGGAGUGUUACCAAACAUUGGCCAUGGACAUUUUAGUGGGAAGACCAACAAUCAACGAAAUGAUUUGCCUGAAGAGGAGUUCAUCCGACCUCGCAAGAUUCCCCACCAAAACAUUGUACAUCGCCUGUUUCAUCGGCAGACUCACCGAUGCAAACCAGGAACACAAUUCCACAUCGCAAGAUACUUUCACCAGAACGUUUUUCCAGGAUUCACUGUCGUAAACGUUGAGAAGCCACCAUGUUUUCUUAGAAAGUUCUCCCCAGACGGACAAUACUUCAUUGCCUUCUCCUCCGAUCAGACCUCCCUGGAAAUCUACAGAUUUCAAGGACCGGCUGCGGCUUGUGAUUUACUUCAAAAGAUCAGCAAGAAGGCUCCAGUAGAUGUUGUGGAAGCUCAAGGGAUCCGUGGACAGCUUUUCCAGAGAUUCUUCGCCUUACGGCAUGUUGUUAGUGUCACACCAAACGGAGAACAUCUCAACCGAGAGUGCAGCCUUUUUACGGACGAUGGUCGCUAUGUCAUUGUAGGAUCUGCAGCCUAUGUGCCUGAUGAACCCUACCCACAUUUCUACGAUGUUUACCGCAACAACGAGUCUGUCUCACCCAACCCCCGCUCACCGCUCGAGGAUUAUUCCCUACACCUGGUUGACCUGCAGUUGGGGAUCCUUUGCGACUCUAGAACUUUCAAAUGCGACAAAAUCUUCUUGUCACACAACCAGGGGCUCUACCUCUACAAGAAUAUCCUCGCCGUUUUGUCUGUUCAACAACAGACAAUUCACAUCUUCCAGGUGACACCUGAUGGAAAUUUUAUUGACGUCCGAACUAUCGGUAGAUUCUGUUAUGAGGAUGAUGGUCUGGUUCUCGCUGCUGGUCAGGAUGGGCAGCAACCCCCUCAUCCAUCGACCUCAAGACCCUACAGGGACACUUGUAUCAACUCCUUGAAACACAGACUCCUUGCCUAUCUAUGGAGGCGUGCCAACCACAUCGGAACACCCGGUGCAAUGAGACGAUUCUUCCAAUACUUUGAUUAUUUCCGAGGGCUACGCAUGUGGAAGAUUCAACUACUGGAUGAGAACCACCUCCUGAUCAAAUACGCCAGUGAAGAUGUGGUGACGCUCAGAACACAAGAUCCCAACUCACAACCAUCCUUCUUUGUGGUUUACAACAUGCUGACGACAGAGGUGGUGGCCGUUUUUGAGAAUACGUCGGAAGAGCUACUGGAACUUUUCGAGAACUUCUGUGAUCUUUUCCGCAAUGCUACCCUUCACGCUCAUGCACAGUUUACCUGCUCAGCUUCCAGCAAUAUCUACGCACGACAGAUCCAGAGGCGGUUUAAACACACCAUUAUCAAUGCGAGAUAUGGUGGACAUACGGAGGCAGUCAAGAGGUUGUUAGCUCAGCUACCGAUUAGCUCACAAUCUUAUAGUAGCAGCCCUUACCUAGACCUGUCUCUUUUUAGCUACGAUGACAAGGGAGUGUCUGUGAUGGAGAGGCCCAAAGCCUGUGGAGACCAUCCUAUAAGGUUUUACUCGCGUGAUUCUGGCAUCUUGAAGUUCAAGAUCCACGCAGGGAUGUUGGGCCGUCCGUCCCCGCCCUCAGCUCGCCGACUGGUUGCCUUCACCUUCCAUCCCUACGAGCCUUUCGCAAUAUCUGUUCAGCGGACCAACACCGAGUAUGUGGUCAACUUCCAUGUCAGGCACCAACCUAUGGACUAAGAAGAAGCCCGACUUCCAUUAAUGAUUAAAUACAAAAAAAUUGAUAUUUGGGACUAGGUGAGGUUUGCAGUAGCACCAUUUAAAAUCAUUGUCUAGUGUUGGUUGUUGAAAUAACCAGUAGUUCACAACUCGACUUUGAUCAGUAUGCUCUGAUCGUCUUAAGGAAGACAAUCAGAGCAUACUAACUGAUCAAACGUUGGUUGAC